CCCAGGUGUUUUCCAUUUUGUAUGGUUUGUCAGUCUAAUUUGUCAUUUUUGUCCACCAUGCUUGUAAUGUUUGUAUGUCUAAAAAACAACCGGGUUGACUUUGGGACGGAGCCCCUCUAUAUAGGGAUGAAGCCUCCAAAGUCAACCCGGUUGUUUUUUCAUUGUGUAUGGUUUGUAUUGUUUCUCGUUCUAGUUUGUAUUGUUUGUACCGUUCAUAUGUUUGCAUUGUUUGUAAAUCUAUUUGUAUGUUUUGUCGUUAUCUUUUGUAAUGUUUGUAUGCUUGUAUUGUUUGUACUGUUUGUCGGUCCGCUUUGUAUACUUCGUAAUUUUUCAUAAUACCCAAAAUACCCUAUCACUAAUUUAAAAUCACUUCCCACUUUUUAAUCGUUAGAUUGGUCUGUCCAGAUAUAAGGGCUAGGAGGGGCUUAGUCAAGUGACUAAGGACCCCCCUCCCCUUUAGUCAUGGGAUCCUCCCUCUCGGAGAAGUCUCUCUUCUUCUAGUUCGCAACAGUAGAAAGCCCAGCUGGAACCUAAUAAGACCAUUUUAUUCUAUUGUUUGUAACCGUCAAAAAGCGUUGCCUGAGCUAAGCUCCGUCGCCCACAAGCACCACCAUGAUGGUGGUUUCCGGAGAUAGUGACAACCAACGAAUGAAAGCUAGGAUUCUUAUAAGCGAUCGUCUCGACACUCGAUGUCGGUUAAGGUAGUCGCAAAAGACGGACCACCCAAGAGUUCCAAAUAAUUAGAGAUUAGCCGGCGACAUCGCCGUAUUUGCCUUUCCCAUAAACAGACGGACAAUCGCAGAUGGAAAAGACGACGAGAACAGAAUUUACUAAUACUACAACAUUUUAUCAACAAUCAUGUUCAUCAGGCCAGAGGAGAAGGGAGUUCGACCAACUGCUUCUUGAUAUUGUACACAAAGGACGCCUGGCACGACUGACAGUCGCAGCACAACUCUUUCUGCUUGUCGCUCCACCCAUUAUGGUAUGGAUCUCCACCUGAGACGAUCCCUUCCGCUGAUUAUAAACCUAAUCUAAUCCUAACGGAAACCCUAAACUAAUUAGCCGCAACGACCAUCCAAGCCUGCUUUGUUCCAGGCUCAUCCCAUCAUCGGAAGCAGCGGCGCGAGUCACAGACAGAAGUAGAGGCAGCAUCCUAGCCUCAAAUCGAAUGAACACAUCGUGACAAAUCCCAAAACCCUCAUUUCUCUUUCAUCACAACAUCAUCAUCUUCUUCAUCACCGUGGCAAAGAGAAGACAUACGUUGCACAACCAGAGAGAGGGAGAUCGUGAAGGGAACCUGUCGCGGGUGCGGAUAUGACGAGCCGAUGAACCAUGCGAAUGGGAAUCGCAGCCGCUCAGCAUCAACGAAUGGAAACCUUUUGAAGAACUAGGUAAGUACCUUCGAAUUUUCAACUUCAGAAAGCUUUAUUGUAGUGGGUUAAUUAUUACCAAAGGCUUAUUUAACACAUUUGUUUGAUUAACACAUAAGAAACUACUGCCACUUCCACAUUCAUAAGUUAUACAUAGUGUAUUUUAAUAACUAUUAUAGAAUGAUAUUAUGUAAUUUUACGUAACGUGUGGGCUAACAAUAAAAACAAGUUACAAAUCUCGCAUUUUAUUAAACUGUUAUGUAAUGUUAACUUUUCUUACGGAAUCUUUAAUUGGCAUAAUGAAAAUUGAUGAGAUGUUGAAUAUAGUGGGUAAUAAUACUUCUAGUUAAUAAUAAGUGAAUGAAUUAAGUUACAAAAAAUAAUAUACAUAUUUGACCAAAUUGUUAUGUAAAAAAUAAAUGACCUUACAAGAUACAUACUAACAAGAGAUAUGACAUUCCAUUUCAUAUAGUGACGAAGAGAGGAGGGUGACAUUCAGUCGAGUUUGCUGACAAAUUCGGAAGUAGAGGAACGAAGAAUGUACGGACGGAAUACAAUUCUGUGAAGGCAUGUUGUUCUGUAGAAUUUUGAAGCUUGGUUCUGCAUUUUUCAACAGGCUCAACAAAAUGUGAACAAAUAUUUCAAACCUUCUGAGAGACAAAGAACAGAGAUGGAACUAGCAUGGAAUCCCCCUCCUGAGAUAUGGGUAUAGAUUUAAUCUGAUAGAUCUAUCCUCUCGACCUCAUGAGGAGCUGUUGUAGGAGGCAUGAUCAGAGACAGACUAGGGUGGGGUAUUGUAGAAUUCGUCUUUAAUCUUUGGGACUGUUUGCUUACCACAGCUAAAUUGAAAGGGGUGAUUAAAGGGUUGAAUCUAGCUUGGGAAAGGGGUUAUAGAAACGUCCAGCUCAAGAUUGACUCAACCAAAGUUGUCGUCAUCAUGAAAAAUUGUAGGGAUGGCAGGCAUAGACAUGACCUACUGGCACAACAAGUUAGACACAUUUUGGAAAGAAAUUGGAGAGUGCAGAUUUCUCAUGUGCAGAGAGAGUGUAAUUUUGUGGUUGAUUACCUAGCUAGUAGGGGUUUUUUUUUUGACAAGAAGCUGCAUAUAUUGCACUUCAGAAGUGAAUACAAAGUUUAGGGUAAAACCCAUGGAAAGAUACAGUAGAAGUCAAAAGGAAAAAAGCCCACUCACAAAGCCCCAACAAUGUUUCAAAAAGAAACCAAAAUGAAGCCCAAAACCCAGAGUCUGCAAAGUGAGCCCAAACCCAACAAACAACAACCAACACCAACCCUAGCUAUCCUCUCUUCUCCAACCUGCCGCCGCCACCCAAAAGAACAGAGCCGCCGAAAAAACAAUCGUCGACCACCAGCUCACCUUGCAGCGACCAGACCAAUGCCACAACGGGAGAGCAGCAGUCCGCGAGGAGCCCGGAGACCACGAAAACGGCAGCGAACAGGCUUGGAGAAAAGAGACGAGCUUCAGACUGAUGCAUCCCUGCCUUCAACAUCUUAGAACCGCAUCCAGACCGCUGCAUAUGAGAAGGCCUUUGCAUCUCCGAAACACCGACGCAAUGGGUGAAGCAAGGAGGUAGAUGAAAGGUAAGAAGAUGAGAAGACAAGCUACCGAUCAGAAAUCAAUAGCCCCCUUUGACCACCGAGCGAAAGAACCAAGCACAUCUAGAUCUGAGGAUCAGAAGUAGAGGUUGGAACAGGAAACAUCCAUCUCACAAGGAGUGGCAGAAAGAAAACCCCAAAGAUGGGCAAGAAGGCUAAAAAGCUGGAAAAAGAAAAAACGAACAUGCACUGAAACAGAAACUGGAACCAAGCAUAAAAAACAAGCAGGAAAGAAAAGGAAAUUUGGAGCGCCACCGUCGGUCCCAAGGGGAAGCCGGCGGCAGCCCCAUGGAGGCUUGAAACUGAAACCCAAACUAAGAGAGAAGGCAGAGAAAAUGAAAGUUAGAGAGAGAGGGUUUUUUAUACUGUGAAUUUUGUCACACAUCUCUUCGAUGUGACAUAUUCGGAUCUUACAAGAUGGAUUCUUUGAUGUAAUGGACAAUAGCCCAAACGCAAUUGUUCAGUAAUGAAACUCAAGACGUGGUAGUGUGUCAACUUUUUUAGCUGACCAAGCUGUAAAAUAAAAUAAAAUGCAAAGUAAAUAAUCGAGUCGACGGAGGCUCAAAUCCCAGCUCAGUGGUCUGAAUCCACUUCCCGUUUUUAUUGUUUUAGGUUUUUGUGCCUUCAGACUCGGUCCCUCUUCUCUAUUAGCCGCCGCCAACUCCUCCAUUUCUUCCACUCUGCCACUCACCGGACGAAGGUUGGAUUCGGAUUUCUGACUUAUCAAUUGUGAAUGCAACCGUUCGCUAAUUUUUAUUCUUGAUACAGAAAGAUAAGACAGAAGAUCACCCGCCCAACUUCCUUUCGCGGAGAACAAGCUUCUCAUCUGCCGGAAAACCUAAAAGUAAAAUCUUACCGCUACUUGAGUGAGAAGUUGCCAUUGUUGCCCGGGAGCUUGGUUUCCCUCCGGUGAACUGCUACUUCCUUUUCUCUCUUCAGGUAUUAUCUCUAUCUCAGUACGAAAUUUGCUACCCUUGUGAUAUUGUCAGCUGUUUUCUAUCGGCCGAUUGAGGGAGAAAAAAACAUUCUACUAUAGUAUUAAUCAAUCAUUUGACCUCUUCUUUUCGCUACCUGAUCGAACUCGCUCAUUCAGCUUAAUCAUUCGAUCCUUGAGGCGUUUGUAGCAGAUGAUGCAUAGUUGGUGUUGCGCACACCAUCUGUUCGAUGAAUUGUUCUGUUUCUUCUGUUUGUUUUUCUUUCUUUUUACCUGAUUAUGCUGGUCGCUUUGAUUCUGGUGACAGCAAUGGAGGCCAAAUUCUUUCGCUUUCUGAAGAUUGUCGGCGUGGGUUACAAAGCAAGAGCUGAAUCGGAAGGGCGGCUGUUGUUUCUCAAGUUGGGUUACAGCCAUGAAGUGGAGCUCACUGUGCCCCCGGCUGUUCGUGUUUUCUGCUUCAAGAACAAUGUGGUCUGCUGCACUGGGAUCGACAAGCAGAGGGUGCACCAAUUUGCUGCAGCGGUGCGUAGUUGCAAACCUCCAGAAGUUUACAAAGGGAAAGGCAUCAUGUACACUGAUGAAGUGGUCAAGAAGAAGCAGGGCAAGAAAUCCAAAUAAAUGAGGGCAGAGAUGCAGUAGAGGAGAUUCGCGGCACUAGUAAGUGUUGGUCAUUCACUUAACUUUUCUUCAGCAGCAGCUCAACUCUCAAUUGAGUUUGGUUUGAUUUCUUUGUUGAAAAUUUCAACUGUCGAAGGGGCAUUUUGAACUAGCUUUUAAGGGAACGGAAUAGCUGAAUCAACUUUUCUGCACAUGUUUGCUUGGUCUAUUUUGCUGCUUAUGAAGUCAAUAAUCUCAUUAGAUGGCUCAAAACAACAAAAUAUUACAGCAUGAAACGUUGCUAUAGACUCAUUUGUUUAAAGAUUCACCCCACCCUCACAAAUAUAUAUUUUGGGAAGCCGAGAAAGGGCCUGUGGUAUGAGUUCAUCCAGAGCGUAUGUUCUUGAGGCUAUAUAUCUGCACUGGCGAGGCUAGUCUCUAGAUCACCUGUACAUGUGCUGCAGCCAACGAUCAUCCUACGCCUGGUUCCUCAAUGUUCGGUAGUACCUGCAGAAAUAUGAUACAGAACCGUGUGAUGAGAUUAGAAUAAUGUAAAUGCAACGGUGUAGAUUCAGGAAGGCGAAGCAAGUAAAUCCCAGUAAAGGAACAGACAGAACUAAACACAACGAAUCAGUCCCCUACUCAUGUUCAAGUAAUGCUAAGAAUACCAUGAUUUUGCACAACUCCCUCGGUGAAAAUUAGGCACCAUAAGUCCAUACUGGUUGGCCGUCGGGUCCAUCAUCCACCUCACUAAGAAGCCGACUAUACCGGUAUAUCGACUGGAGCUACUGUGAAACCUUGAAGUGGCACACUAUGAGCAGCACUAUCAUCCGUGCAAAUGAAGUGAGAGUAUGGUGGUGCGCAGAGAGUAGCAAAUGGCCGAGUCCCAGCAAGAUUGUGUGGCAUGAACACGAGUAGUACAAAUGCCUGGCAUGGAGCGCCCAAUGCAAAUGCCAAAACACAGUACCAUGGCAGUGGGAUCAGUACUGACGAUGACGAAUCAUGAAGUUCCUCCAAUCGAUGUUCAAGGAGUGCCACCAACAUCAAUAUGAAAGGUGAGGAACAAGAAAGGCCCCGGAGAAUGCAGGUCAAGUUUCACAAAAUUACAGUUUCAUUAACCAGAGAUAAUGAACUGGGAUUUCAACG